AUGUUAAAACGUAAACAUGAGGACUAUUUAGCAAAUAUUAAACACUCUUUUGCGGACAAUCCCACGUUAUUCUGGUCAUAUCAUAAGGCCAUUCACUCGAAUAAACAACAGUCAACAAUUAUCACUCACAGCGACAUAAUAGCCACAACAAAUCCGGAAAAAGUCAAUUUGUUUAAUUCAUAUUUUUCCUCUGCGUUUCAACCAAAAUCUGAUCGGACUUGUUUUGAGUUCAACGAUGCGUCUGAAACAGUUAUGCAAAUAUCUGAAAUUCAACUUGAAACUAAUGAGGUUUGUGAAUGCUUAAUAACGCUCGAUACAACAAAAGCAUGCGGGCCUGAUGAAAUUCCUGCUCGCAUAUUAAAAGAAUGUGCAUUGGAAAUCUCUCCUUCCCUAUGCUCCCUUUUUAAUACAUCACUUAAAAUUGGCAAAGUCCCUGACGAAUGGAAGAAAUCGAAUGUAACUCCGGUGCACAAGAGGGAUUCGCGAGAGAAUGUUUCCAACUAUAGACCGAUAUCUUUGCUGAGUAUUAUUUCUAAAGUAAUGGAACGUUGUAUUCAUAACCGGGUUUAUCCAAUCCUCUCUGCACUAAUAAAUAAAACACAACAUGGUUUUCUAUAG